AUGAACGAGUCCUUUCAGAUCGUUGUUGUCGGAGCCGGAAUCCUAGGGCUCACGGCAGCCCUAGAGCUCCAGGAAAGAUUGGCGUCAAAUAAAUUAUGUGGUUCCAUCACUAUCAUUGCCGCGGAGUUCCCGGGCGAUGAAUCUAUCAACUAUGCAUCUCCUUGGGCAGGCGCUCACUCCCGAAUCGUGCCCUGCAUGACGGCCCGCCAAGUUCGCGACCGGAAGCUCGAGCAAGUCACCUGGGACGUAUUCCGCGCGGAGUCCAAAACCUACCCCGAGGCAGGAAUCGAGUUCAUGGAUGCCUUCGACUACUUGGAAGACCCCCCUGAAGAGUAUGUGAAGUUGCAGGGUGGCUACUCUGAGGCAGAAGGGUUUCAGCUACUCGAACAGGAUGAGCUACAGCCCAACAUCAAGUUUGGAAGCAAGUACCGGGCAUGGUGCCUAAACCCGGUCGUCUAUUGUGCGUUUCUACUCCGUCGUUUCGUUGUCCGGGGAGGGAAGGUGAUGCGCCUGAGGCUUGCUAGUCUGGAUGAAGCCGCAAGCCUUGCUCCAGACGUCCAAGUGGUUGUGAACUGUUCAGGAAUAGGCUUCGGAGAUCCUGAAGUGUUCCCUAUUAAAGGCCAGACCUGUCUCGUUAGCAAUCCUUGCGAUAAAACCAUAACGCAGCAGAACAAAGAUGGUUCAUGGACCUUCAUCAUUCCUCGACCGCUUGAAGGUGGUACCAUCAUUGGAGGCACCAAAGAGCCCCACAACUGGUCAGAAACAACAUCUCGUGAGAAACGAAUCCAUCUCUUGACCCAGGCAGCCAAGAUGUACCCUGCCAUCUUGAACGCGAACUCGCAAUUUGAUGUCAUUAGAGACAUCGUUGGUAGAAGACCAGAGCGAAAAGGAGGGUUGCGAUUGUCUUCCGAACCACUUCAUCUUUCAACUGCACACAACGGAAAAAGCGGCCACCGCCGUGUAGUUACGCUCAUUCAUGCGUAUGGGGCUGGCGGUGCGGGAUACGAACUCUGCUGGGGCGUGGCGCAAGAGGUUGCUGAGAUGGCGCUCGAGGUAGCCCCUUUGAGGUCGUCCUUAUAGGCUGUCAUCUUCAUUACGUGCCCAUAGCUGUCCAUAGCUAUC